AUGCACAUCUUUAAAAGGAAAUCGCCAUCGAAUCGGACGAGUCACCAUCCUAUGCGCAGUGACGAACAGCUGGCCCGCCCCGCGUUUACUCCACACCCCAACGUCGACUCAGACCGGCGCUUUUCGCAAUUUGAGUACGACACCGUUCCUGGCCCGGUACCAAAUCAGACUCAAGGAUUGAAUCGCUCGCAGAGUCAGCGUCAGAACACGUCUCGCGAUCGUCCGACCGUCAACAUUGUUGCACCUGACGAGGCGCAGUCUCGUCGCGGCAGAAAAGGCUUAUUCUCGUCCAAUAUCGAUCGCAACAUCUCCAUCAAGGGCAAGACAAUCUCUCAUCCCAUUUCACAGCCGGCCUCCCCCAGAGUGUCCCAGCCAGAGACCCUGCACGAGUCCGACGAGUCCCAGACAAACCUGCUAGAUUCUUACUCCGAGAACCCCUCACCUGUGACCGUAUCCCAAUCGCUAGCCUUCGAAGAGCAAUACCAGUCUCAACGAGGCCCUCGACCCUCCCAUCCUGCUCACGCCCAAGACAACGAAUGGUCACAACAGCGAUCUGUGCGACCCCCAUUGUACACACAUCAGCCCCUGUCCAUUCAGCGAUCCAACACCGACCCAAACCUCUUGGAACAUUACACCCGACCGUCGCCAUCCGAUAUUGUCCCCGAAUCACCGCGAUAUCCGACGGAGCACGCCCAUCGGGGACAGCAUCUGCCCCCUCAGGAUCCGGUAUUAACUACCCGGCCCCUCUCCCAGCAGUCUCACGCGCCGCUAUCCCCGUUGCAGUCUCAUUAUCCUGACUCCAUGCAGACAUCCACGCAGGCAUCACAGACCCAAGGUCAAUUUCACCCGCUGGAGAGACAGAAAUCUGCUGGUUCACCGCAGCAGGACCGGAGUCGGCAGGGGAUGGCCAAAUAUUCCAAGGUGAAACGAUACUACUUUGAGAAGGAUGCGCAGGUUCAGCAUCUCCAGAACACGGUAGCGCACCAGCGAAUGGCGGUGUCGCGCACCGUUCUUGAUGAUAAUGAAUACGCCAAUAGGUUCCAACGACUUGACGGAGCAAUUAAAGACUUGGCCUUCUCCGUGCGCAAACACUGGCGCAGUAUUCCGUCUUGGCUGAACGGGAUGGUCACCGAUGAUGCUUUGUCGGUCGGCGCAAAGGAAAUGCUUGCGGUCGGACGAGCCAUAGUCAGUCGAUGGUUAGUAGAAGAGGUGUUCCAGCGUUAUUUCCAUCCAGCGUUGAAUCCCACCUUCAGCGUGCACCUUAAGGCUGUGGAAAUGAAUUUAAGACGCCAGCGACCGUCGUCCGACGAAGACCGCGAAAAUGCAUCGGCCAGAAUUUCCUACUGGCGUCGCACCACCUUUGACGGACUAAGCGACUCCUUGGUAGGACGGGAGGCCGAUGAAAACCGUAUCGAGCUAGUCGAACAUUUAAUUAUGGAACUUGCUGCAUUCCUGGGCUCACAGCUGGAUGACAGUGUACUGUCAGGAUUGGAAGCAAGCGUACGCAUGAUCAUUGAGAACUCCAUCAACAUUAUUGAGAAAAUACCGCUUGAAGCGCGUGAUGUGUGUGUCGAUUAUUUCCCACCAGGCGUCUCACUUGUCGAACAGUAUAUGAAGAUCGAAGGCCAGCUACCAGCAUUGAGCCACCCACCUCCGCCCCCAUCAGAGCCAGAUCAACUCGAGGAGCCUGCCGGCAUGGAAGGAGAUACAUCAUCUGGUUCGACCACAGGGGUGAUAGAAAAGGCCUUGCCAGUGCAACAAAGACACCAGAAGAGAUCCCUCUUUGGUGGGUUGGUAGGCCGCAAGCAUGCCUCCAGUGAGAACAGUCGCCAGCCACCGGCGCCCGGGCCAGUCGAAGACAAGAGCGAAUCCGCAGAUACGCCGAGUAAUCCGCGCAUUCGUUUUGCAGCCUUUUUGGCCGUCGAAGUGCGCGGUAAGGGUCCUGCGACGGUGCUGAUCAAAUCCCCCGUGUGGCUGGUGGAGUAA